CUCCUGGGUUCUUCGCGGGCUUCGUUUGGUCCUGAGUUGGCACUGCAUUUGCCAUCAUGGGGCUUUGUAAAUGCCCCAAGAGGAAAGUCACCAAUCUGUUCUGUUUUGAGCACCGGGUGAAUGUCUGUGAGAACUGCAUUGUUGCUAAUCAUGCCAAGUGCAUUGUCCAGUCAUACCUGCAGUGGCUUCAGGACAGUGAUUACAAUCCCAACUGUCGGCUGUGCAAUACACUUCUUUCCACUAAAGAGACAGUCCGGCUGGUCUGCUAUGAUCUCUUUCACUGGUCCUGCCUCAACGAGAUGGCCAACCAGCUGCCGAAGAAUACUGCCCCAGCCGGCUACCAGUGUCCCAACUGCCAGGGCCCUGUCUUUCCACCAGCCAACCUUGUCAGUCCAGUAGCAUCAGUACUGCGAGAGAAGCUGUCGAUGGUGAACUGGGCUCGGGCUGGCCUUGGGCUCCCUCUGAUUGAUGAAAUGGAGACAGUCCAGGAGGCGGAGCCUCAUGACACCACAGACUACACAGAUUGGUCCAGCUUCACCGUCCUCAACUCAGAGGAGGCUGUGCAGCAGAGCCCCCAUUCGGCCUUCUCUUAUAGUCCAAGCGCAAGCUUCCCCUCCUCCCAACAACAGCAAAGCAUGAACAACGGGGCGGUGCAGGAGCAUCAGCACACGGUCAUCAGCAUGAAUGCUUUGUCCAAUGACCCCGUCACCAUUAACGCAGCCUCCUCGCCACGGAAAGUGUAUGACACCCGGGAAGGCGGGGGCAGCAGGGCUUCCGAGGCUCGCGUGGACUUUGACGAAGACAAAUACCGGCGGCGGCCAGCGCUUGGCUGGCUUGCCCAGCUGCUCAAGAACCGCUUCAGCUCUAGGAAGCAGCCCCGCUCCAUGAUGCAGAGGUUCGUCAUCCUCCUCCUAAUUGGUGGAAUUGGUUUCCUCACCCUUGUCAUCAUCAUGAUGAAGGUGGGACGGGCAUCUGCCGACCAUGACCCCAACUUGGACCCCAAGUUCAACCCACACAUCCGGGUUGGGCAGGAGUGAGUGGGGGGGCAGCCUCUUCCCUGCUGGGCUCCCUUCUUUGUUCUGGGCUCCCCUGCCCACUCCUGGAGAAAGUUGGACUGAGGAGAGUCCUGGAAUAACUCUUUGGUUGCAAUCUCAGCCCCUCCCAGGAAGAAACAGGUGACCAUGGCCACUCCUGACAGCUUGGACAAAGAGACUCUGGUGAAGGAGUCACACUCUUCCUUCUAUCUUCUGCAAACUCAAACUGGAGCUGGGAACUCUCUUUUUGCAUUUUGGGGGGCCCCAGAGAGCACCCCACCCCCUUCCUGCUGUCAUCCAAAUGCCGGGAUGGUCACAGGCGGGAGAGGCUCACUUUUCCUGGGCAUUUCCCCAUGACACUACAGAGAGGAAUAACAGUUCAGUGAUCUGCAUCUGCUUUUUCUGACUACCACUCAAUGGAGUACCCCUAGUCUUCCUCCAUUCACUGAUGUGAAAUGACAGCUGCUGAGUCAGCAGAGGAGCUCUCUCGCUUCCCCUCCCCCCCCCCGUCACACACACACACACACACCAACCCCCUAUGUUUCAUUGGCUUUCUUUUACUGAAGUGAAAAGCCCAUCCUCUUCACUCAGCUUUUACUAGCAGCUGAGAUACUCUCUUUUGUUCUUCUCAGCUUUGAUGUUCGCAAUUAUAAAGGAACUAUGGAAACCAAGCACUCCCCACGCACCACUGCUCCCUCCCGAUGCCCUGUAACAGUGUCGGUAAAAGAGUGGGACCAAUUGGGGGGUGGGGGUGGGGAGGAGUUUCCUCCCUUUGCCCAAUUUGGGGUGGGAGGGGGUUUCAGUAAUAGGCUGCUGCUGCUUCAGACCCGCCUCGGUGCUUUGCUGUGGGCUACCUGAAUUCCAAGAACAUAGGGAAGCCCUACUUUGAUCUUUUGGUCCUGGCAGGGCUGGUGCGUGGGGGCCCAAGCACUUUACCUAAGGCAGUUGUUUCUCCAGCACAAGGGUCUGCACCACCCCUGAUAGGUUUCCUUAGCACAGCUGUAGUCCCAAAGAGCAGGUGCCUGCUUCUUGCACAGUCCAUCUUUGCCCUGUCAAGUGUGCACCUCUCAACAGGGCGUUUGCAGCUGGAGAGAGCACUAGGGAGGAGGGAGCAGAAUCCCCCUUACCACAAUACUCUGGCAGUAAUGGAGACGUGGAUAAAUGGCUCAUUGUCAGCUCAGCAGAACGCCGAAAUAACACAAAUCUAACUGAAAGCCGGCAGCACAAGUGUGGUUUGUUUUUGCUGCUUUAACGGUGCAGUGGCUGGGAUCAUGGGUUCCAUGUUAAGUUUAUUGUGGCAAAUGUGAUGCCUGUGUACCAUCAUAUAAAGAACUGAGUUGGCCUUGCAAUCCCAAGCACCAUCUCUAUCUACACAUCCACCCCCCAGAUCUCAUGCUGCAGGGCUGGUAGCAGUUGGGUGAUCCUCAGACCCUGCUCUUCAACUGAGAGGUGCAGCUUGGAACAGGAGUGGGGCACACAAGCCUUCCCAUGAUCCCUUGCAGCAAGGAAAGUUUAUUUGGAGGUGUCUGACUGGUGCUGCCCCAGCAACGUGACUGUGUGGCUCACUGACCACCUGAUUCUCUCUUGGUGAAAAUACAAGACUUUAUUACACCUGAAGCAAUAGACCUGUUUGUUUGUUGGUGUUCUAUUAAACUCUCUUGGUUAACCC